AACCAUGAAAGGAGUUGGUGUGUCUCUAAAUAUGAUGGAUGGUCCCUUGAGUAGUUUGCUGUAGCGCUUUCCAUCUAUGGUUCAUAUGGGGGUACCGCAGAAGGUACAAAACAACCAGACUUGUUGAUGACACCAUCAGAGUAUCUUAGUUUUGGAAGAGUUAUCUGAUUCCUGGCUCUUCAUCUUCUUUUCCCAAGUGCUUCAGCUAUCAUGUCCGUAUUCCACUUGGUAUAUUUCAUCUGGGUGUUUUUGUCAGUAAGCUUCUCUGUCUUUCUUGGCUCUGCUUCAUGGUGCCCACACCAAUUUGUUCAACAGAUGAUGAAUCGACAAUUCCAGCAGAAAACUGAUCGGUUCUGGGAGUUUCAAGAGCAAUCUAACACCUGGGUUGAAGUGAAGCUUCCUUUUGAUCUUGUCUCAUGUGUUGAUGAUAACUGCAUCAAAGUGGGAUUGAUUGAUCAGACAAAAAAGAUCAAGGAAGAGCAGUCACAGGAAGAAGGAUAUGAUAGUCCUGAAGAAAGGAAGAGCAUGAAAAAGAAGGAUCAUGAUGGAGGAGGAGGAAUUGAAGACAACUCUCUUGUGGUUUUGCCUAUGAGAAAAAGAAUUUCUUUGACUAAGAUGUCUGAGACAUCCAUUUGGGUCACUGGUGAAAGUGGGUCUAUCUAUGAGAGGUUCUGGAAUGGAGUUCAGUGGGUGAUAGCACCGCAUAACUUACCUAUAUCAGCAGGGCAUGCAAUCUCUGUAUUAGAAGUCAAUCAGACAAUCCUUACCAUAUCAGAAGAAGGGAAGCUAUACCAGAUGCAACUGAAUGAGAACUCGCAACCAAUUUGGGUAGAGUUCAUGCCUGCAUUUUUCAAUCAAGGAACAAAUGAAGAAGCAGAACAGAGUUCAGAGAUUCAAAUAAAGUCUGGUGUUGUUUCACAUGAUGGGCUGAGAGUUUAUUUCUGCACUAAGAGUGGGUUGUUGUUGGAACUUAUUGAUGUUGAACAGUUGAGUUGGGAGAAUCACAGCCGACCACCAGGAGCAGAUGUUGCAGCAAUAGCUGAUGCUGCUUCAAUUAGAACAGAAGUAGUAUAUACCAUAAGUUCUACAGGUGAUCUCUAUGAACAUGAUAAAAGCUCAAGGCCAUCAUGGAAGAAGCAUAUACGGAAAGAAGGAAGAGAAGAAGAUAGUUCUGUUAUACCCUUACUGGGUUGUACCUUACAUGGCCUGAGUGGAGACCACUCUGUAUCAUUGUUUCUUCUAACAAAGGGUGGUAAAUUGAUUGAAAGAAGGCUACACCAAAGGAAAUGGAAAUGGAUGACCCAUGGAAGUCCAGAAGAUCAUCACCUGACAUCUAUCAUACCAGAGCUGCAAGAUGAGACAAAUGAAAAGUUCUUUUCAUUAUUUCUUACUACAGCCACUGGAUAUGUUUUUGAGUAUCGAUUACCAAAACAGUCAGGUAUAGAUCGAGACAACCAAAUUUCAGAAGCAUGGUUGAAUCAUAUGCAUCCACCAAAUACAAAAGCUGCAAGAGGUAUUUCUGGGAUAAAAUUUCAGCCCGGCAGGAUACUGUUUCCACUGGAUGAUGGUAGACUAGCAGAACUACAUAUACCUGGUCAAGGUGGGGAAAGUUCAGGGCCAACAUAUCAAUUUAACACCCGAAGGAAAUCACCAAAUAAGUACAUCUGGUCAAUAUUAGACGCACCAGAGACUGAAGGAUGGAAUGCAGAGUACUGUACAGAAGAACGUGGACCUAUGAAUUGCUUUUCAGGUACAAAAGAUGAAUUAAAUGAUUUAGGAAUGGCUAGAUCAACUAGAAGACGGAAGGGUAACCAAGCACAGCAUGAUUACUUAACUCCAGGCACAUCCAAUGUUAAACUAGUUAGAUCAUCAGAAGAAUACAGUUUACCAUAUAACUGGAUCAACACUAACUUCCGCUUGAGAGUAAUGCAAGAGGGUAGAUCAUUUUUCCUCAUUACAGAUGGUGGUUUGACUUUUGAAUAUCUUUACACUGAACCUGUAUGGCUCUGGUUAAGGCAUGAUCACUCAACACCUAUGAAAGGUGCACUAGGAAACUACAAUGGAAGUAUUUUUAUGGUCAACACAUAUGGUAGUUUGCUUAUUAGGGAAAGGAGUAGCAAUGAGUUAGCAUGGAUAAAUUGCACUGCUAUGCGGAAAGGAAGGCAAGUUAUUGGAGGCUCUCCGUGGGAUGGAAUGCCAGGUAAAACUAUGAAAGUCACAGCUGAAGAUGCACUAUUCUUGGUGAGCAAAAGUGGAAAACUAUUGCAGUUCACAGUAUUUCUAAGGAAGUUUAAGUGGAAAGACUGUCGAAAUCCUCCAAAUACUAAAGUUGCAUGCAUAGUAGACAAGGAACUGUUCAGGGAAAAUAUAGUGUUUGUCAUUGGAAGAAAUGGCAGGCUAUACCAGUAUAACAAAGUGACUGACUUGUGGCAUGAGCAUCAGCAGUCUCAGCAUUUGAUUCUGUCACGAUCACCAGGAUGUGCUCUAAGGCCAUCAUCAAUGUCACUGACUGGCUCACUAUUCAUGCUUUCAGAAGAUAGUAGAUUGGUUGAAUAUCACUGGAACUCAUGGGAUGGGUGGAACUGGGUGGAACAUGGCACUCCAUACAAAGAUGUAACCUUGGUUGGUUCACCAGGUCCAUGCUAUGAGGGUAAUCUACUAUUUUUGAUUGGUUCAGAUGGACAUGUAUACCUCAGAUAUAUGGACCAAUUUACAUGGAGAUGGAAAAACUGUGGCUACCCAUAUAUUGGAAACAAUGGUAUUGAAGACCAAACAAAAGAUUGGAAUGAAGUUUGUAUUGACAAUGACCUUGCAACUAGCUUGGAGAGUGAUGCAGAAAAUUUAAAUGAUCAUGACAAUAACUGUGACCCCAAGGUCGCAUCUACAAGACCAAUUCCAUUUUCUGAGGAUUCAGUUAUCUUCGAGCUGAGAGAUGGCAGAUUGGCAGAAAUGCAGAGGGUGGAGGGAAUGCAAUGGGUUUGGUCACGCAUCAUUGGCACUCCAUCAAGCUUAUGUGUAGGAAGUUACUGGACUGCUUUGGCAUCAUGAAACCAAACACACUUGAAUCACACAGCAUCUCAUCAAAUACACACCAAUGUACACAAUUACAGGCUACUGCCAAACUAUGUACAUCAGAUACAAGUAUAAUCAAGUUCUAUACUUUUU